AUGUUAUCUGUGCAGGUGAUCCAACAGUCAGCGAAGGACGCUACAGUGUUGGUGACUUUUGUGCUAGUGUUGAUGAUACAGUGGGAGGGUGUAACAGGUGAUAAGCACCGGCGUAGCAGGAAAACAUCCUGGGAUGACAACCUCUUGGAGAUGGAGGCAUCGCGCGAGCCGUUCGGGAAUGACGAGGAGUUGGAGGGCGACGGUCCUCAGCAAGAGCUGCGAGGGUCUGAACAGCCAGAGGAUGUAGAUGCAGGCAGUCGGAAUGAGGAGCUACAGCAGGACCGCGCAGAAAUCGUGUCAGAACUACAAGAGAACCAGCAGAUGAAUGAAGGAGAAACUGGGGCUAGGGCUCAACGAACAGAUCUGAAAACACAAGGGGAUCAGCAACUCCAGCUAGAGGAAUUAUCAAAUCUGGAGGAAGAUGAAGAUGAAUCUCAGAAAAUGCCGCGGAAAAGUAAAGAGCCCCAGCAGUUGCAGCAGCAACAGUCGUCAAAUGAGGCGAGAGGCCAAGAUAAGGUUCAACGUUCACUGCUGGAAAUGGAAGAAAGCUCACAGCUACAGAAAAAGCAGGUUCAGACUACAGAGAAAAGUGCAACUAGGCCUCAACGUGCGCAACAGAAAGCAGGAGAGAGCCGGAAAUUGCUGCACGAAUCGCCAAAUAAAGAAAAUGGCACAGCCAGGUUUAGACGUGCGAGAGUAGACCGAGAAGAUAAACAGCAACUACAUGAGGAGGAGCAGACAAGUGUAGAGAAAAAUACCGUGCUGCUUCAACGUGCACAGCCAGACACCAAAGAGGAUCAACAGCUACAACGAGAACAGCUGCCAAAUGGAGUGAAAGAUGAUUCCAGGGUUCAGAAUGAUCGGCUACAGACAACAGACAACCAGGAACUACAGCAGAAACUAUUGUCAAAAGAGCAGUUGACAAGUGCAGAGAAAAAUACCGUUUUACUUCAGCGUGCCGAACUGGAGACGAAAGCGGACCAGCAGCUACAGCGAGAACAGCUGCGGAAUGGAAUGAAAAGUGACUCUAGGAUUCAGCAUGAUCGGUUGAAAACACGAGACAAUCAGGAACUACAGGAGGAACUGUUGUCAAAAGAACAUUUGAGAAGUGCAGAGAAAAAUACCGUGUUUCUUCAGCGGGCCCAACCGGAGACAAAAGAAGACCAGCAGCUGCAGCGAGGACAGCUGGAGAAUGGGAUUAAAGGCGAUACUAGCGUUCAACGUGAUCGACUGGAAACGCGAGACAACCAGGAUCUACAGCAGAAACCGUUUUCAAAAGGUGAAGACAAUGGCGAAAUUAGAGCUCAGCAGGCUCCACCUGGAAUGGAGGAGGUGAACUCCCCACAUGUACAUGAUGGGCUAGAUGAAAAGGGGGGCGAAGGUAGAGUUCAACAUGUGCAGUUGGAAACAAGACAGAAGUGGAAAACACAACUGCAACAGUGGCCACAGGAAGAGAAAGUUGGAAAUACAGAUCUUCACGUGAAGUCUGGAGCUCAAGAGAAUCAUCAGCUAGAGCAAAAACAGUUGCAAAAUGUACAGAAAGGUGUAGUCGAGAGGUACCUCGGAAAAAUGGAGGCAGGGGAUAUCCUUCAGCGUCAACAAAACCAGUUUGGCAAUGUGGAAACAGGUACUGUGAGUGCUCAGCAUGGACAGCUGGAGGUUAAAGAUAUCCGGCAGUUGCAACAAGAGGCAGUAAAAAACACUGCCAGUGGUCAGCCAGACUUGGAGCAGCAGCAGCUGCGGCAGCUAGCAGCGCUUGGGCGAACAGUUGACAGUAUACGACGCAACCAGGAGCGAGGGAAGCAGCUUAAAACAGACGAAAUGCCAGGGGUGUGGAUGAAAUCUGGCAACGUGGAAAAAGUUGCUGUGGUUCAUAGUAAGCCUUCCAGUGUCGAUAAGCUGCAACCAAAUGAGCUCACUGCAGUGGCUAACAGUGGCCAAGUGGAGCCGGAGGCUUCAGACAGAUUAGGUACAAGCAAACAGCUUAAAACAGAUGAUAUACCAGGGGUCUGGAUGAAAUCCGGCAACAUGGGAAAAGUAGCAGCUGUGGUCCACAGUGGGCCUUCCAGUGUCGAGAAGUUGCAGACAAAUAGGCACACAGAAGUGGCUAACGAUGGGCACGUGGAACUGGAGGCUUCUGAAAGAUUAUCUGCAAGCAAGCAGUAUAUCCAGUCUGAAGGUCCUACAGCAGUGCAGACUGACGUCCAAAUGCCUCCCGGUGGGACUGGAGAGAGAGCGCUAAUGCACGAUGUGCACUUCAGCAAAGACGAGACACAUCACAGAGAACGCAUCGGCACAGUUGACAGGAGCGGUUGGGAGCAACAAAGUAAAGUUGAAGCAGCAGAGGCUGGAGCCAGUGACACACAACACGGAGCUGAGCAGUGGCUUCAGACUGCUGGCAGCGAAUCUGCUGUUCAUGUACAACAAGAGUUACCUGAAGCAGGUGAUAGAGACAGACAAGCUAGUGUAGAGAUGAGGCAGACGCCGCAGGAUGAAAUGCACAGUGGUCUGGAGAGACAACGUUUGAGAAAGCCCACAGACGGUUCCCACCGCGCCCACAAACAGAUGGAGAAAGUGAAGAAGAGGACCAGGAAUAAAGCAGCAAGGCUGGAGCAACUGAGAGCCAGGCGACGGAACAAAGCAGCGGCGACGGCGGCCAUCAGAGCCCAGAGGCAGCAGGUGCACAGGGCGCUCCCACGGCCACACAGGCAGGAGGAAUCCGGUGAGUUUCAGCCUGGCGACAUCCUCCAGCCAGCGCUGGCUGCAUCUCUGGCGAGCAGCGAACCUCCCGCUGCCAACUUGGACCUCAGCGUGUCCCUCCCUGUGGUGCCAGAGCUCCUGGCCUCCACAGCGUCCAGUGUGGAGGGUGAACCAGUGGGGAGGGUCGCGGUGGUCCUCGUCACCUCGCCUACAGAAGCGGCAGUGGGUCUGCCGUCAAUUAUAGCGACUGUUCCACCACCUCUGCUGGUGGAGACGGACACGGACGCCAUCCCCACCACCACUACCACCACCACCACCACCACCACAACGACCACCACCAUUACUGUCGCCAGCGCUGAGCCUCCGCUACGUAUCAGGUACCUGGACUUCACGUACCAUACUGCUUAG